AUGACUAUAACAAAUUCAUUAUCCCUUUGUCUAUUGAUAGAAAAAUGUUGUUCUAAACAUCUUGUCCUUAAUGACUAUAACAAAUUCAUUAUCCCUUUGUCACAACUCGUUCAUAUCAAACAACGUUUGUUUGUGUUCUGCUUAAAUCCUUUUAGACAAAAACUUCCUCUUUAUCUCUUUCCACAAGAUCAGAUUGAUUCAAUUUGGCCAAACAAGAAUGAAACACAAAGAAUGUUAAACAAACUUGAUUAUAACUCUAAGCUUUAUCAAAAUAACCCAAAACUAACAAUAAUUCAAGCGGUUGUUACUCCAUCUAUAAAAAGUAUUAGAAAGAGUUAUUAUACAAAGAAGUAUCCAAACUCAACUAUUAAAAUUGCUGAAAAAACAAAUCCAUUAGUACUUAAAUGGCUUCAGACAUCAUCAACAUUUGUAAACAUACUUCUUAUUGACAAUGUUAAAAUGAAUGACGAAAUCAUUCAUUUUAUGAUUACAAGGAAUAAUUUCAUUGAAAAAUAUUAA